GCAGCAGCAGCGGGUCAAGUCUCUCCUCGCCACAUAAAAAUAGCAUUACUGCCCGGUCACGCUGCGAGGAGGGAGGGCCCAUACCAAAUAUCACAACACGGGGACAGCUAGGGGGCACACGGUGGACAUUAGCCUCUAUCGGUGAUCUAUCGGCCUAUUUUUCGGAGCACUGCGAGGGGCGAGCCGAGCGCCAUGUCCCGGGGCAGCUUCGUCUUCACCCCCACGGCCCUGCGCUCCCUGGCCGUGGACGCGGAGAUGCUGGAGAGGCAGAGGCACAGCAGGCAGACCGCGGCGUCCUACAGGGGCUACAUGUUAAAGAAGGAGGCGAGGGAAAGGGCGGCUCUGAGGCCUAGCGCUGCCUCCUCCGCGGUCGUGGUCCCUCCCGCCGUGUGCCAAGACCCGGUGGUCCAAAACGCGCUCUACACCGGGGACCUGGAGCUUCUGCAGCAGCUCUUCCCCAAAGGAGCCCGGGUCAACAUGGUGAUCGAGCCGCAGGGAGGAGACAUGCGCUGGGUGGCGGAGGGAGACGGACUUUGGUCUCUGACGUACGAGCAGGAGCUGACCACUCCUCUGCACAUCACUGCGUCCCGGGGCUUCUCAGACUGUCUGCGUCUGCUGCUGCAGAGGGGGGCCGAUGUGGAGCUGGCCCCUGGGGGCUGUACGGCCCUGCACGAGGCCUGUGAGGACUGUCGGCCCGAAUGCACCAAGCUCCUGCUGCUACACGGAGCUAAUGCGAACGCUGUGUCCGAGGAGGGGCUCAUGCCUCUGCACCUCUGCACUCAGCCACAGUCUCUUGAAUGCGCCAAGUACCUCCUCCAGUACGGUGCCGCAAUCAACGGGCGCACGGUAGACGAGGACGACACCCCCCUGCACACAGCCGCCAGGAACGGUCUGCCCGAGCACGUGGACCUGUACCUGCGCUACGGGGCUCAGCUGGACCGGCCCAAUGACGAAGGGCUCACGGCGCUCAACGCGGCCUGCUCCCAGCCACAGGACGCCACCCAGCUGGAGAGAUACCACCGCGUGUGCCAGAUCCUGAUAGGAGCAGGCGCCAGCGUGCAGACCAUGGACCAGGACAGACACACGCCCCUGCACAUGGCCUGUAAGAACGCUAACCCAGACGUAGUAGAUCUGCUGCUGGCUAACGGCGCCUGCGUGAAUGACAUGGACUACGGCGGCGAGGCUCCCAUGCACAACAUCCUCAAAGUGGUGUGCUACAAGACGUCCCAUCAGCCCGAGAGGGUGGUCCGCGCGCUGCUCAACCACGGCUCCAUCAGGGUCUGGCCUGGAGCUCUGCCAAUGGUUAUGAAGCACUGUUCUAAAUCUCCACGCACAAUUGAGGUCCUUCUGAACGCUUACAGCCACCUCAAAGUCAACGACAACUGGGUAGAAGCUGUACCCCAGGAAAGCUAUCAGGCACACAAGGAUUUUUACGAUUCAGUUUUUGCCUUGGCCCAAACCACCAGGUCUCUGCAGCAUCUGUGCAGGUGUAAAAUCAGGACUUUCCUGGACGGUCGUGUGCACAAAGUGGUCCCUAAACUCAACUUACCUACUUUCCUCAAGAACUACCUACUGCUGGACUACAGAGGCUACGUCCACUAACGCGCUGUGGGCUGGGAGAGAUGAUGUUCGCUGCUAACACGUGUAUUUAAAGGUGCACUGUGUAACUUUUCUUGUUGCAGGUCUGUCCACUACCUACUAGUCCUUUUGAGCAUAUUAUUGGUCUGCUUUAAGGUCCUAUAUUACACAAAAUUUACUCUUGUGAGCUUUAAGCCAUGUUAUAAUGUUAUUACCUCGUCAAAAACAUAUCUGGAGUUGUUUUGUUUCACUCACAAAUGUUUGAGUAACUCCUUAUUAAUAGUCUGUCCACAUCUCCAAGUGUGUUUUCAGCCUAAAUAUUCAUCGUUUGCGUGUUAAACAUGUGUGAAUGAAACAAAACACAACUCCAGGUAUGUUUGUGAUGAGGAAACAUUAUAACAUAGAUCAGAAAAUAGUGUAAUAUGGGCCUUCUAAUCAUAUUUUUGUCUGUUUAAUUAUGAGUUGCUCCAAAAUACACUGAAAAACAUGCAUUCUUACUGUGAACGAGAUUGCCUCUCCCCAGAUCUGACCUGUAACAUGUCCUAGUGGCGUCACUUGCUAGUUUCCAUGGAGAUACUUUAACGCUAUAUCCUUGGAGACACCAGAAAAGUUACAUGGCGCACCUUUAUAAGAGAAAAAAGUAGAAUAUAUUGGUUGAUAAUGAUGUUGAUUUUAGUUUAAACGUGGAGUUUAAAUUUGAGAUUGCACAUUUUAAUGGCAACUACUGAAAGCAUUAGUUUCCUUCCUUUUUGCACAGUUUGUUUUUAGUGUUUUCCGCCACAAGAGGGAGCUGCAGACUAGAGCAGGCAGCGCAGACGCUAGAAAAUAUACUUUUUUUUAUUAUUGCCAUAUUUUUAUUGCUGCACUUUAACUGUAAGGGAUGACAUUGCUUCUAUUUUUGUACACUUAUGGUUUUGGUUGGUGUAAUAUUUGUGGUUUCGAAAUAUAGUGUUUAUAUUAUAUUAGUGAUUUGAACAGGAAUUCUAAAUUAUAUGAUAACACUUAAAAAAAAAAUUAGAAAAAAAUAAAA